AGUCACUGUUUUGAGUCGAUAGGGUGCGCAGGUACGCAUUCUCUCGAAGGACACGCACAGGACAACUCUCACACGGGCUAGAACGUGUCGGCACGUACAGCGCAGGAACUUGUCACCGUCGAGGCCGCAAAAGAGAUGGUACAUACGAGAGGGCCCAGAAUGGGCGUGAAGCUGAUGCAAGAGCAACUGGAGGCGGCGCGUCAAGAGAAGGAUUGGUACACAGUGCAGCAGCUGUACAAAACGCUGUAUGCGAGAUAUUUGCACACGAACCAGACGUCGGAAAUAGGUCCUUUGUUGAGAGAUGGUGUAUGUACGCUGCUUGACAAUAAGGAAAUAGCGUCUGGAAGCGAGCUGGCGCUGUUGCUCAUCAGAUACCUUUCCGAGAGGCGAAUCCCGCCCGAAUCUCCAUAUAUUGAUUAUGUUCUUGAAAUAGCUUCCCAUUAUCCCAAGGGGAACAGGCAUCCGUCGAAGGUGAUGUUUAUUCGAGAAGCGGUGAAAUGGUCGAAGGCGCCGGAGAACAGGAACCAGGGUGAUCCGUUGCUGCACGCGAAGUUCGCGGACAUGUUCCGGAAGGACCUGGAUUACAAAGCGGCACAAGCUCACUAUUUGAGAAGUCACGAACCCCAAAGUUUGGCCAGCAUGCUGCACGAGUGGAAGGAGUUGGGGCAUCCGAGCGAGAGGGACCUGUUUCCAGUGCGCGCGCUUUUGCAGUACUUGGUGUUGGGCGACCUGAGCAACGCGAGGCUCAUGUUUCAGGCGUACACGGAGGGCAACACGGAUGAAGCUACAUGGACGCCUUUGAUGAAUUUUGCGAAGUUGCUGUUACAGGCGCUCGAACAGAAGGACUUGAACCUCUUCAACAGGCUCCGCGACGAGUACGCCAAGUCUAUACAGAGAGAUCCCAUUUUCGCGCGAUACUUGGACGAGGUCGCUCGAGUUUUUUACGGUGUCAAAAAGCCGGUGACCGGACUGGGCGAGCUGGUUGGUGAAUUUUUAGAAAUGAUGAAUACGAAGGGCGCUCAGCCUGGAGACGACGCCGUUUACAACCGGGGGAGAGAGAGCGGGCCGCCGGAUGAAAAGUUGGAGGGGAUUCUAGACCUCUCCGAGUGAAUCAACGCGACUGGGACAUGAGAUACAAACGGAAAAAGACGCGUGUGUACGA